AUGCCACGUUGUGCCAACUCCCAAAGCCCGAGCCAAGCAAACGACACCCCUUGGAUCGGCUACUAUUCUUUUCUCAUUAUAUUUUUCGGGAUUGUCACUUGGUUUUCGGUGUCCAGGAUUGAAGAAAGCUUUCCUAAGCUUCCGGAUACUCCAGAAGGCGAAAAUCUACCGUCCAAAAACCCAGCGGCCACUGAGGGACAAAACGUACCAUCCACGGCACCUGUGAGCCCGAACACCAAGGAACACUCAGACUGGGCGCACGUUGACAUCGACCAAGUGGAGAAAAAUGAUGCCUCUAGCCCAAGUGUGGCGCCAGAUUCGGGACAAGAAAUUAGCGAUGACCAGAGAAAGAGUCUGUCAGCACCACACCGUCGUGCCUUAAUGCUUGGGUCAUUUUGGCAAAUGGUCCAACUUUGCCUCUUUCAACUCUAUGGCGGUCUUGGUGCACGACUCAUAGUAAGCAACCGGCGAAUGGGACCGAUUGUAUUGCCGGUCCUUGUAAUCAAUACCUUUGUGAUUUUGCUAUCUAUCGUACACAUGGACAGAGGAUAUAAAUCGGCGGUUUCCGGACGUCGACUUGCUAAAGGUGAAGAGAAGGAUAUUAAGUCGAAGUCAGACUUGUUUGACAACUUUGAGGGUGCUGUCUUCCUGUCUCUCUUCGUUCCAUGGAUCAGGAUUUUCUGGGCGCUACUGUUUUGA